GCUCCAGAUAUAAACGCGGAGUUUCUCUCUGCGCUCUCUGCGCGUCUCACUUUCCCCGCAGCCGCAGCAGUUUGCGCCAAGAGGCCGAAACGGAGAGAGGAAAGCAGGAGGGGACGAUCUCUGGCACUUCGACAGGAUGGAGAAGAAUUCUCCAUCCAAGCCAUCGGUGGCUGAGCUGGCUGGAAAGUUCAAAGGUCACAUUCUUCCGAUGCCCAGCUCAAAUGACGAGCCUCGAAGACGACCUCCGUGUUCCCUCAAGCUGCAGAAUCAAAGGGACGAUAACGAAGAGUCACAUAAAUCUGCUGUCCCACCAAAUCCCAUUAAAGUCAAAGUGAGGAACUCUGCUGCCAUCGAGAAACUGCAGGCCAACCUCGCUCUGACACCCACUGCUCUGCUGCCUUCACCAAAGACUCCAGAAGUCAAACUGCAGCAAGCACCGCUGUCCCCCACCAUGCCAAGCAGCCGCCUGAGCCCUGCCCUGCAACCCUCACGUCAGUCCAGUGAAGAGGAGGAUCCCAUCAGCUUCGACAGCCCUCCUGAAGGGACCCCACUACCAAGCAUCAACAAGACUCGCGCACGGCUGUCGUUCAAAAGGCGCCUGCCCACGAGGCAGCACAGGAGGUCAGCUGGAGAGGAGGCAGGAGCCUCUGGGAGUGGACUGUCCCCAUGUGAACUGGACAGCCCAAAAGAAAAUGGGGUCAGGAGCCAUUUGGACAGCCCAGCGGAGGAAACUGAAUGUAGUCUUAAAGACGCUGAAAACAAGGAAGGGGACUGUGAAACAGCAACUGCUGACAUGAAGAGCGACCACGACAACGGGGAAGAAAUGGAGCAAGAAGCAGAACAAGACCAAAGCUCCGACACUUUCAAGGAGGAACGGCUGCCUUCGGAGCCCGCUGAGCAGAAAGAAGGUGACACUGAGGUGGAAGAGACGCCUCAGGAGGCAGACCAAGGGGGGCAGUGAAAGGGUGUGAAUUUUACAUUAAGAAAAACAAAUAUAUGAAUAAGUUAUUCAGUGUUUUUAUGAAAAAAAAACUGUUGGAAGAGUUACUUUAUUCAGGUUUUAUAUCUUUGUAUCAGCUCCUAUGUUCCUCUGU